GUAUACGGGUGUAGGGCUUCCUGUAACUGGGGGCGUGGCAGUGAGUGACUGCUACUCCGCUGCUGUACCCGGACAGUAUACAGUACAGCUCUGCUGGGUCAGGACUCCUGGCAGUGGGCGCUGAGGUGAACGCAAGGUCACAGGCACCGAGAGGUCUUAAUAUGGCACCUGGUACAGUAAAGAAAGAGGGACAACAUGAAGCGCCAGACUCGGGGGUGCAUUCACCAGGGUGCAUUCACCUUUCUAAUCCUCACCUGGAGAAAAUGAAAGAAGACAUAUUAUACCACUUUGAUCUUGGAACAAAUACACAUGAUUUGCCUGCCCUUUUUGGUGAUGUGAAGUUUGUAUGUGUUGGAGGGAGCCCGUGGAGGAUGAAAGCUUUCACUCAGUACAUUGCUGGAGAAUUGAAUCUGGGAGACCCUAAAGAUGAUAUUGCCAAUAUAUGUGCAGGAACUGACCGUUAUGCCAUGUACAAAGUAGGACCAGUAUUAGCAAUCAGUCAUGGCAUGGGUAUUCCGUCUAUUUCUAUAAUGCUCCAUGAACUGAUCAAAUUACUAUAUCAUUCCAAAUGUACGGAUGUCACCGUUAUUCGUAUUGGUACAUCGGGAGGUAUAGGUAUUGAUCCAGGAUCUGUGGUGAUUACAAGCCAGUCUGUGAGUCCUUGUUUUAAGCCAGAGUUUGAGCAGAUAGUCCUUGGGAAGACAGUGAUCCGUAGUACAGAACUCAACAAGGACUUGGCACAAGAGCUGGCUCAGUGCAGUGAGGAGAUCAAUGAGUUCAAUACAGUCAUUGGAAGCACCAUGUGCACACUGGAUUUCUAUGAAGGUCAAGCACGUCUUGAUGGAGCAAUCUGUUCCUACACGGAAGAGGAGAAGAUGCAGUACUUGAAAGCAGCGUAUGAGGCUGGGAUAAGAAACAUUGAGAUGGAGUCCUCCGUGUUUGCAGCAAUGUGUAAUAUCAGUGGUCUGCGAGCUGCGGUGGUUUGUGUUACACUUUUGAAUCGCUUGAAUGGAGACCAGAUCAGCAGUUCUCAUGAUGUCCUGGUAGAGUAUCAACAAAGACCUCAGAAGCUGGUUGGAUACUUUAUAAAGAAACGUUUGUCUCAGGUUUAAGUCUGGACUAUGCUUGUCACAUAAUGUGUUAGAUUGUCAUGUCCAGGGUGUUUUGUAGAGAUAGCCAUGUACAUUGUGCACACACUGUUAUAUAACAUUGCUUAGGGGUAGUCUCAAGAGACAGACCAUUUUUAAAUGUGGCCACCAUGCUGAUCGACGGAGUCUUGCUCUUCGAUACCUCUGACAAACAGCUGAUUCUGCUAGGGGAGCCGCAGCCAACAAGACUUUACUGUAGGGAAAAUUUAGUGUUACAUGGUGGCCAUUAGGGAUGAGCGAAUCGACUUCAGAUGAAUUAAUUUGUACUGUAAAAUAACAUUUCAAGAACUCGGGUUCGGUUCCAAGGUACCACUUGAAAGGUACCACUCGGGAUAUGUUUUUUUACAG